CAACAACAACAACUACAACAUAUUCCUCAUCAAAACAACCACCAACAACAUCAACAGCAUCAUUCGCAACACCAGCAACAGCAAACACAACACCAACAUCAUCAUCAACAUCAACAACAACAGCAACAACGUUCAUUUUAUAAUUUGACCACGACAGACGAAGGUUCAAUCCCCAGGAACGAGUCUCUAAGUAAAUCAAGGAGCAGCAGUAGAACUCAUUCGUUCGCAUCGAGUACCAAAGACCAGAGAGAGGAAUAUCAAAGACUGAAGACAAAGGCUCCGACUCACAAGGUCCGAGGGCCUGGAUGUGAACCCCCACGGAAUGGUGGGGUUCGAAAUACUGGAAGUCCGAAACAUAAACGACAAGUUUCCGAAGCAAAAACGGACAAAGAACAGGAAAUGCUCUUGGAUGCUGGCUUGAGUGAUUGCGAUAUUGAUGACAAAUCGAUGGAUGAUGAAGCCAGCUGUUCAUCUCACGAGAAAGAAUCGAGCGAAAAGUCAGACAUGGUUUCCUCUCCUUCCUCAUCUGUUUCAUCUUCUUCGUCAGCUUCCGACGAUGUUGAUGAACACGUCCCUCAUGUUUUAGCCCCCGGAUACCACGGACCCAAUCGGCGCUGCUUGCUCUGGGCUUGUAAGGCCUGCAAGAAAAAAACCGUGACGAUCGAUAGGAGAAAAGCAGCGACUCUGCGAGAACGUCGACGCUUACGGAAAGUAAACGAAGCGUUUGAGACGCUAAAACGUCGCACGUGUCCCAACCCUAACCAACGCCUUCCCAAAGUGGAAAUUCUUCGGAAUGCCAUUGAAUAUAUCGAAAGCUUGGAAGAACUGUUGCACGGCAACCGUAUUGGUCGUUCAGACCCCACCACUGCAGAUAUACGUAUCGAUACUGGAUCAACGAGCAGUGGAUCUGACUAUAUG